AUGAAUUCACAUACACAUAUUGAAGAUUUAUCAAAUGAGAUAUUCUUCGAAAUAUUUGAUUAUUUACAUGCAUUAGAUAUUUUUACUGCUUUUAAUUCAUUAAAUAAAAGAAUUUCAUCCAUUUUACAAAUAAUUCCACUUCGUAUUCUUAUAUCCUAUGAUCAUUGUUAUCGUCAAAUUAAUUUUCUUUCUUCAUAUCUUAAUUUUCAUUCUCAUCAAGUUAUUUCAAUAAAAAUUUAUGAUACAAUUCGUGAUUAUUCAUCUAUUAUUAAUUUAUUAUUUAAUCGACAUUAUUUUAUUAAUCUUCAAUCAUGUAUAUUUUUUUCAAUUAAGCCUUCAACAAAACUUGAAAAUGUUAUUAAACAAUUAAAACAUCUAAAUAGACUUGUUUCAUUUAGUAUUCGUCAACCACGUCAGAAAAAUCUAAAUGAAAAUGAUAAAGAUGAUUUAAUUCGAACAUUAUUUAUGCAUAAGUCAUCUUUUCUUCGUUCAAUUAUUUUUCAAUUUCCUUAUAAUUACUUAAAUAUAUCAAAUUAUAAUUCAAUAUCUUCGAAUAUUUUAUCACUUCUUUUAUGGAUUUCUGGUUCACCAUCAACCCUAUCUGUUUAUUCAAUUUUACCAAUUCUUCGACUUUGUUAUACAAUUCGAUAUUUGACUAUAGCAAUAGAACAUGAGGAUUCACUUGAAAAUAAUCAUAUCAAUUUUUCAAUUCAACCACCAUUGAUUAAUGAAAAUCUUCUUCCUACAUUAUCACAAGUGAAAUCUUUUUAUUUAGCAAGUCUUGCUAGAUGUGAUAUACGUUCAAUUUCUUAUAUAUUACGUUGUAUGCCUAAUCUUAUUCAUUUUAAUUUUAAUCUCAUGAUACCAAGUGCAAUAUGGCCAUUUCCUCAUGAAUUGCUCAAUGGUUAUGUAUGGCAACAAAUGUUAGAAUUUUAUAUUCCAUGUUUAUCGAAAUUUGAAUUUCAUAUGUCGAUUAUAAAAAGAUAUCCAAAAUUAGAUUUAGAUUUUGUUGUCCAUUCAUUUGAAUAUUUUUCUCAAAAAUAUCCUAAUUGGAAUAUGAUUAUCGAUCGAUGGAGACUUUAUCGUGGAAAUCCAGAAGAAGUGAUCUUGUUACGAACAUUGAACUAUCAUAAACAGAAAUUAAAUGGAAACGUAAAUGUUCCUUUGAUUUGUUGUGCAUCAUUUGAUACACGAUCAACAACAACAACAAAUGAUCAUCAUCUUUUUUAUUCAAAUGUAACAGAAUUAAGAUUAUUGAUGAUAAACAGAAGACAAAUAUUUACUUGGUCUUGUCCUUUAUUUCAACAAAUCAAAUAUCUCAUCAUACGAAUGCCAGCAAGACGUUCAUUAUUAUGGAACAAUCUAUUGAAUAUUGUUAAUUUUCUUGAAACAAAUAAUAAUAGUGAUGCACAACAAAGUGUUAAUUGUUUAUCACAUUUUGUUCAUUUAUCCAAUAUAACUCAAAUAGAAUUUCUAUUGUCGUUUGGUACAUCUCGAUGUCAAGAUAUUCAAUUUAUAUUACAAGCAUGUCCAAAUGUGAUGGAUCUUAUAAUUAGUACUGAAUAUUUACUUUCAUGA